AUCUCAGGCUGAGAUUCUCAGCAAGUGGUUCGGAGCAGUUCGGGUCAGACUGGACCAGAUAAUAGUAGUGUAUGAGUAGUACAUAGUCUACGUAUAUAAGUAUCCACCCAGUUAUAGAAUCUAAUUUUUAAUUGCUCAAGUGUGGCCCGUCUUUGUAGCUGUUCUGUCCAUUAAGUGAUAGGACUAUCUAAUUAGAAUACUAAACAAGUAUUUCGUGUUGACACAGGGAAUAAACCAAACGUCAAAUGGAAACUGAAGGUUAGAAACGUACAUAUAGCUGGAGUAGUUUCUAAUUCUUUAAUCAAAUAACGAGAUAACAUCGUAACGUGGAAAGAAUUGGAAAUACAUUUUGCAUACAUUUAUCUUGACAUUUGAGUUUUCUGCACUUAAUCGUUGCUUGUAGGGGAAAGAUUUAACUAGCAGAUUUGGCCCACUCAAAAUACAGGAUGGUGAAAGCCUAAAAGACUUCAAGAAGCGCAUGCGAAAUUUAAAAAUGGCGAAAGAGGCACAAGAGACUAUGAACCACUCUGACUGGGUGCAAGAUGAGUAUGCAGAGUCAUUCAAAAGUGCAUUGUUGGUACGUGGACGGACAGGUAUAGCAUUCAAUGACGAUAUGAUAAUGCACAAGUGCGAAUGGGAUUCGGGCUAUCCGGAGAAUCCAGCUCGUUAUGUUGCCAUAAUGCAUCGGUUGAACGAACUGGGCCUUGUUAAUCGCUGUGUACGGAUCCAGAACGAACAUAUUGAUAUCGACGAUAUUACUAAGUUACAUCAACGCACACAGUACGAGAAUUUAUAUAAAAUCUGUGAACCGUUUAAUGUUAAUCAAGCAGAGAAAAUAGCAUCUAAUUACGAUGCGAUUUAUUUUAAUAAAGAUACUUUUCAUUGUGCUAAUGUUGCUGCAGCAACAACAUUGGGCUUGGUGAGAGCAGUUGCUGAAGGAAGAGUUAGCAAUGGAUUGGCAGUUGUGCGCCCUCCAGGGCACCAUGCCCAACAGGACAUUUACAAUGGUUAUUGUUUCUUUAAUAAUGUUGCCAUUGCGGCGGCGGCCGUCCAAUCUCUAGCGCAAAAGAUUUUGAUUGUUGAUUUCGAUGUUCAUCAUGGUCAAGGUGUCCAAGAUAUGUUUUAUAAUAAUAAUAAUGUUUUGUAUUUCUCGAUACAUCGUUAUGAACAUGGGGAAUUUUGGCCCAACUUACGCCGCAGCAAUUUUGAUCACGUUGGAAGUGGCGCUGGUGAAGGUUUUAACAUUAAUUUCCCGUUAAAUACCAUUGGUUGUACUGAUACAGAUUAUAUGGCAAUUGUUACGCAAAUUCUGCUACCUGUUGCAUAUGAAUUUCAGCCAGAUUUGAUACUUUUUUGCGCUGGAUAUGAUGCGUGCGUCGGCUGUCCGGAGGGUUGCAUGAAAGUCACGCCCGGUUUUUACGGUCACCUUAUUAAAUUACUGAGUGGGCUGGCAUAUGGUAAACUGGCUGUCGUUUUAGAAGGGGGCUACUUUUUGCCAUCUCUGGCGGAAGGUGUAGCGAUGACAUUGCGAGCACUUUUAGAUGAUGCUCCGGCGUUUUUGCUACCAAUGAAAGACGGACCAAAUGACGAAGUCAUUUCCACUAUUAAUGAUGUAAAAAGUGUACUUUGUAAAUAUUGGAAGUGUUUCAAAGUAUUCGAAAAUAUUGGAAUUAAAUAUGCCAAUGAAGAAAAGCAUAUUGUAAACGUACAAUACAAAGGUUUUGAAGAUUCUCCUCCAUAUCCAACUCGUAAUUGUUACCCGGUGGUCUCACAGCAAGAGCAGGACGAUUUGAAAGUACUCGUGGAUUGUUUGAAAGUGGAUUAUGGUCUGCCAAUGAAAAACAAAUUAUGUUAUGUUUUUGAUGCAGUAAUGCUUACGCAUGAAGCGCCCGAGGAGACUGUUGAAAACCCUCUGCGAUUGCAGGCGCUUUACGAUCGAUUCUUAGAAUUGGAAUUGGACAAACGUUGCAAACAGUUGGAAAUCAAACGUGUUGAUUUCAGAGCACUAUCAAUUGAAGUUCAUUCUAAGGAAUACUUGGAUGAUUUAAUUAAUGAUGGCCCAUCGAUUCCGCCAACUACUCACGAUUUAUUCUGGAACUCAGGCAGUAAGAUUAGCAUAGAAACGGCCGUCUCGGGCUUGAUAACAGUAUGUGAUGCUGUGAUGUCUGGGGAGUACACUUCUGGCGUAGCAUUGAUAAGACCGCCGGGUCAUCAUGCAGAGCAAUCGAAAACUUCAGGAUUCUGCUUUGUGAAUAAUGUAGCAGUGGCAGCUAAAUACAUGCUGGACAAUGGAUUAGCUGAAAGGAUUUUGAUUCUGGAUUUUGAUAUACAUCAUGGUAAUGGCACGCAAGAUAUCUUCUAUAACUCAGAUAAAGUGAUGUUUAUCAGUAUUCACAAAUUCGAGAGUGGAACGUAUUUCCCACGUUCUAGCAACGGUAGUUUUGAUAAGGUGGGCGCUGGCGUUGGUGCAGGUUUCAAUGUGAAUGUACCAUUUGAAAUUAAUAAAAUGGGAUGUGUUGAUUACCUGACGGCAUUCUUCAAGAUUGUCCUUCCUUGUGCUUAUGCUUUCGGUCCAGACGUAGUGCUUGUCUCGGCUGGCUUUGACGCUGGUAUCAACGAUUUGCUGGGUAACUACAAAGUAAUGCCACAAACAUUCGGACACAUGAUUCAGUUAUUGAGACCGCUCGCUGGCGGUCGGCUGAUUGUUGCUCUUGAGGGUGGCUACAACAUCAAUACCUUGAAGCACUCGAUGGUAUUUUGCAUAAAAACUCUGCUUGGCGAUCCGCUGCCACCACCUUCUGAUAUGAGCAGGCAGAAGGACAAUGCACAUCGCACAUUCACCGACGUAAUCUAUACGCUUAAAAAGUAUUGGAAAUUUUUCAACUUCGAGAAAAGAUUACUACCGGAAUGAUUGAUUGAAAAUGUGCUUCACAGAUGCUAACUAAUUAAGCCAUUUAACAAAAUUAUAAAAUAAAAUUCUUCCAAAGCCUGGAACCAAAUUAAAAAUACUAAUUGAAUAAGUGAUAAUGCUAGAAUCAAUAUUUUUAUAACAGACUGAUUGAAAUGGGAAUACUUCAUGUGCAAAUGCACUCGGUAGCAUCAGUUUUAGUGGUAAUUGUAUAUUUAAUACAUGUUAUUUACUUGAGGUCGUAUUUUAUUUACAAUUCAUUAAUAAAUAUUAAACGCGCA